CCCGCCCCCUGGCGCGCGGGCGUGCCGGACUCGCAGAGAUCUUUGCGUUUCGGAAGCUCUUGGUGUGGCUGCGACCCCAGAGGAGAAGCUGGGCUUGUGGGGCUGCUGCCGCCGUCACAGGAAAUAAGUAAACCAUGGUGCUCAACAGUUUGGAUAAGAUGAUUCAUCUCCAGAAAAACACUGCCAACAUCAGGAAUAUUUGUGUUUUGGCUCACGUUGACCAUGGAAAAACUACUCUGACUGACUGUCUUGUAUCUAGCAAUGGAAUCAUCGCCAGCUGCCUAGCAGGCAAGGAACUAAUGGAGGGGAGCACUAUCUUUGUUGGGGGCAAAGCCAGGAAGAUGGAAGUCUCAUGCUACCAACAGCCUGACUCCAACCUUGUGGGGAAAGUUUCUCUGAGAGCACAAAACUGAUCUGCAGACUGAGGUGGAGACAGAGACAAGGGAAAGAGCCUGCAAAUCCCGACAGCACUGGUGACUCUGAGACCAGGUAUUCCUGAGGCCCAGCUGCUCCCUGCCCUGCACGUGGCUAACUUACUGACCAAUGAACUUCCCUUCUUGCCUAAGGCAACUUAAGUGAAUUUUCUGUCACUCAACCCCAAAGAGCCCUGACUGCAGUGGCAGGGCAUGGCAGGGCUGGGCUGGCUGUGGUACAGGACAGUGUGGGUGGAAUCAGCUGUGACAGGCACACAGGAAGUGCAGUUAUCGAGUGGACUCCAUGAGAUCUUCCUCCAGCCCCGACUGUGAGCAAGGCUAGGCUCAUACGCUCAGUAGGUCAGAGUGAGGGAUUUGGUCAGAGGUGCCAUGCUCAGGGCCAUCUUUCUAUGAGUCAGACUCUUCAGCAUCAAAGGCUUUGCCAUCAGAGAUAGUUUUAGUCAUAUCUUGGGUUCACUUUAUCAAUUGCUAUUCCCCUGUUUUCAGGAUCUUUACACUAGGCUGCCCCACGUGGGUGUUAGGAAGCCAUAGGCAUCCUGGCCAGAAGCCCAGACCACAAAAAGGACUUCCACCAGCCUGCCCAGAGUUCCAGAGGGCAGGACCAAGGGGUGGUGGGAGGAUCCCAGCCUGGGCAGUCAUGACAUGUCCACCACUCUUGAUCUGUCUUCUGCAAAUUUUCACCUCUCCAGUUUGGGUCCUGGUGGGGCACACAUGGUAAAGACAAUGAACGUCCAUGUCUCCGACUAGUUUUCCCAUCAGAAGUGGUCGUUGCGCCAAUCACCCUCUUCCACUAAAACUGGACAGACCAAGGGCCACUUUCCUAAUGGAUGGGUCUUCUUGGUCCAUCUCAUGCUCCCAACAGAGUUCCCUCCCUACGAUGGGAAUGUGCCAUACCAGGAGAGCCCUCUUGACCCAGCCUCCAGCCAAAGCCAGUCCCCCUGCCAAGCAGGCCCUAAAGUUACACUGGAGGGUGACAGGCCUCACCUGGAAACUUCUUGUUGAAUAUUGUCAGUUUCUCACAGAAGUGCAGCCUGGCAGUUUAAUUCAAAUUAAAAACAGAAGGAGACUGCUGCUUCAGUCUCGACUGCUUGAAAAUUAGGCCGUGUAGAGCUUUUGUUUGCUGGAAAUUGUGGAGUCAGACAUUGUGCAGAUUGACCCAAUAGCUACAGCAGGUACACACAUAGGGCGCCAACCAAGGACAAGUGUGCACACGCACACAUGCACACAGCAGAAAAUCGAGAAAUAAACUCUUUUAAUUUUAGCUGUCA